AUGGUUGGACUACGGCUCUCAUCCUAUGCGACCAAGCCUAUUGAGGCGGACUUCAUACCCAGCCUUCAACGUCCAGAAAAACAAAUUCUCUGGAUUGGCUGCUCCGAUAGCAGCUUCAAAGAAACAACCAUACUCGACCUUCUUCCUGACGAGAUGCUUGAGCAUCGGAAUAUUGGCAAUAUGAUCGUUGAUGGGGACUUGUCCUGCGAAACUACAGUGAAACACGCUGUUGUUGAUCUUAAGGUGAAGCACAUAAUUGUAUGUGGUCAUUACGGAUGUGGCAUUGUCAGAGCAACGUCGAGGGAUGGGUUGAGAGACCCGUGGCUGAUGAGGCUCAACGCUCUCUACGCAACGCACCGCCAUUAUAUCGAUCAACUGCCAAGCGUCAAAGAUGACCGGUCUUUCGUUGAAUUGAAUAUACUUGAACAGUUGCGGACGUUGCGUAAAUUCCCGGAAGUGGCCAGUGCAAUGAGGCAAGGGCAGCUACAUAUCCACGGAAUCGUUUAUGAUCCAGCUAGCGAGAAGGGGCUUUCAAUAACUGAAGCUACAGAGGAGUCAUGA